AUGGUUUCAGCAUCAAAAGCCGCUCGUGAUGCGAAGAGAGCUGCUGAUGGCAAGCCUGGAAAGAAGACUGUUGCCUCUAAAUCAAAGGCUGGUUCCAAUACUGCAUCCGGUACCACAACGCCUGGCGAAGUAGCCGUCGACGCAGAUGGAAACCCUCUUCCCGAUGACACACCUGCGACAAAGAACAUGGAUGAAGUGAAGAGAUUGGCAGCACAAAUGGAUAAACAUGGUCUCUCCGAUCGUGUCACAACCGGUGUCCUCAGUUCGCUCAAGCAAAGUCGUGAUGUAAAGAUUACUUCUGCAUCGCUGGUGUUCCAUGGUCGUGUUCUCUUGAACGAUACAACACUCGAACUUACAUACGGACGUCGAUAUGGUCUCUUGGGAGAGAACGGUUGUGGAAAGUCCACUCUCCUCAAGGCUAUCGAUAUGCGCGAAUACCCAGUCCCAGAUCACGUCGAUAUCUACUUAUUGAACGAAGGUGCUCCUCCCAGUGAUCAAGGUGCCUUGGAAUGGGUCGUCAGAGAAGCAGAGAACGAAAUGAAGAGACUUGACGACGAGGCAGAGCGAUUAUUGGAGGAGGAAGGACCCGAAAGUCCGGUUCUUUUGGAUCUCUACGAGCGUAUGGAUACCAUGGAUCCAUCUACUUUCUCUACUCGUGCCUCUCUCAUUUUGACCGGUCUCGGUUUCAAUAAGGUUACCAUCAACAAGAAGACCAAGGAUAUGUCUGGUGGUUGGCGUAUGCGUGUGGCUUUGGCCAAAGCUCUUUUCGUCAAGCCUUCCCUUCUCCUUCUCGAUGACCCUACCGCACAUUUGGAUUUGGAAGCCUGCGUCUGGUUGGAAGAAUACUUGAAGAAAUGGGACCGAACUCUUAUCCUUGUCUCUCACUCCAUGGAUUUCCUCAACGGUGUUUGCGCCAACAUGAUCGAUAUGCGUUCAAGACAACUCAUCUACUAUGGUGGUAACUACGAUUCUUAUGCCAAGACUCGAUAUGAACAAGAAGUCAACCAAAUGAAGGCCUACCAGAAGCAACAAGAUGAAAUUGUUCACAUUAAGAAAUUCAUUGCUUCAGCUGGUACAUAUGCCAACUUGGUCCGACAAGCCAAAUCCAGACAAAAGAUUUUGGACAAGAUGGAGGCCGAUGGUUUCAUUCAAAAGGUUGACGAAGAUCGUGUCUUCACUUUCCGUUUCGCAGAUGUCGAGAAGCUUCCACCACCAGUCUUGUCAUUCGACGAUGUUACAUUCUCAUACUCUGGUGAUGCCAAGGAUGAUCUCUACCAACAUCUCGACCUCGGUGUUGACAUGGACUCCCGUACUGCUCUCGUUGGACCUAAUGGUGUUGGUAAAUCAACUCUUCUCCGUCUCAUGACCGGAAAGCUCUCCCCUACUGGAGGAAACGUUUCUCGUCACACACAUUUGAAGAUGGGUGUUUACUCUCAACAUUCUUCGGAACAAUUGGAUCUUACCAAAUCCGCCUUGGAAUUCGUUAGAGACAAGUAUUCUUCCAAGAGUCAAGAUUACCAAUACUGGCGUCAACAACUUGGAAAGUAUGGUCUCAGUGGUGAAUCUCAAACUGCAUUGAUGGGUACUCUUUCCGAAGGACAAAAGUCCAGAAUUGUGUUUGCUUUGUUGGCUAUUGAUGGACCUAACAUGUUGUUGUUGGAUGAGCCUACCAAUGGUUUGGAUAUUCCUACUAUUGACAGUUUGGCUGAUGCUAUCAAUGCGUUCACUGGUGGUGUUGUUGUUGUUUCUCACGAUUUCAGAUUGCUCGAUAAGAUUGCUAAGGACAUUAUGGUAUGCGAGAACCAAACCAUCAAGAGAUGGGGUGGUACAAUUGCCGAGUACAAGAACCACUUGAGAAAGAAGAUGGUUUCUGCAGGUGCUGUCUAA